AUAUUUGCUUAUCUUAUUUGUUUGUAGUUUGUUGGUUAAAGGUCGUGAAAUGGUGCUGAAGCGUAACCGAAAUGCAGAAGAUCUUCAAAAGAAGCUUUUUUUGAAAUAUAAAUUAAAAAAGGUGGUCCGUGAAGUCAUUAUGAACAGUCAAUGGCUUGAUGAAAAUCAGGAAGAUCAUAAAAUGUCGUCAAACGUUAAAAAAAAUAUCGCUUUCAUGAUGCGCACGAAACGAAAAUUAGGAGUGCUUACAUUAACUGAAAAAUCUUUAAUACGAACUCCUCAUCGCUUACGAACAGUAUCUGAUCGGAAGAAACUAUGCCUUCUGUUUGCUGGAUUCAGAUGUUUCCUCAGUGUUCCAGCCAAACAGCGUGUCCGUGUUAUUCCUGUCGUUAAAUUUAUGUCAGUUAGUCCCGGUCGCAUUAUUAUAAGAAAGGGAGACAAGCCGUUUUUAAUAUAUUUUAUUAUAGCGGGAGAAAUUGGCAUGCCUAAAAGGAAUAUUUCCGAGCUUGAGGACCAAUUCAACUUUGGACCUGGUGAUUGCAUUGGCGAUAUAGGAAUGUUUGAGGACGGCCCACGCUUCCAAACUUACAUUGCUGCAUCGCAAUGCGAACUCCUGGUACUACUCGAUAAUGAUUUUAAUUCGAUCCUCAAGCCCUACAUGCAGAAGGUUUGGAACGAUAAGAAACGAGCCUUGAAGGCUUUGGACUAUUUCGAUUUUUUCAGCGAUGAUCAGAUUUUGAAAGCAUGCAAGCUGUGUACGCUUAAGCAAUAUAAUCCCUUGGAUACAAUUUACAGCCAUGAUAGGGGAACACUCACAAAUGUUCACUUCGUUUUGAGUGGGGAAUGUUUAAUACUCCAGUGUCUAAAUAUGAAGGUUAUAGCAAAUAACGGGAAAAAAGUGUACCACCUCGUGGACACUUUGGAUGGUGGAGCUAUAUAUAUUCACAGUGAGCAAAGCAUAAGAAGCGGUCUGGUCAAAAAUAUGUCCAUGCUCGAUGCUCUCGAUGCGGUCCAUAAAAACGAAAAUAACUCGCCUGGACAAUUUAAUACUCUAUCCAGUGAUUCUGAUAAUGGAAGCUCAAUAUCAACGGUAAAUUUAAUAAAACACUAUACUAGUCCAUGUAGCAUUAAAUAUUGCGAAUAUUAUGUGGAUGAAGCCUACCCAAGCUCUGGGAAAAUAUUCAAAGACAAGAAACAGUUGACCUCUGAUAUCUAUAAUGAUAUUGAAUCUGAAAGUGACACAUUUCAUGUUUCAAAUUUUGUUGGGUCAUCAAGCUCCUGUCUGAGUGCAGGCGACAUUGAAAGUCAUUUUAUUGACGUUGGAUCACUUACGUUUGGUGGCAUUUUCGGACUGGGCGAAACGAUGCGUCAUCGUGUAAUUAUGGCACGAAGUACUGUGCAAUGCUUGUUGCUCCCCAGAUUUUUCUUACUCGAUAAUGACCAAAAUCCAGGAAACAUUUGGCAACGGAGACUUUUCUACCUAGAAUGUAUCAUUCCAUCCAGAGACGCGCUGUUCGAUAAUUUUCUCAAAACUUUAAAGUGGAAAAAAUUUAAAAUUGAUUUUAUCAAAAGUUUAACAACUAAUACGACGAAUAUCGCCAAGGAUGAUGAUAUACCAGUUCUAUGUCGCAUCGAAGGAGGCAUUGAUCUUUAAUCAUAGAUUUAAGUUAUUGUGCAGAGAAAUAGUUGUAUGGAAAAAGCACUGAGA